CUCCUCCUUCCAGGCAGCCUGAGACUUAGUCCUCGGGAGUCGAGGUUUGGCGCAUGCUGAGCUGCUGCCUCCGCCUCCGAGUCUCCGUGCCGGGCCUCGCGCUCUCGCUGCCCUUCCUGCUGCCGCCGUCUCGGGCUCCGGGUCCGAGCGUCCGCCGCUUGCUCCUUCCAACCUUCGACUUCAGCUUCCGCCAGUCUCUCAUUAUGAAGCCGCUCGUUGUGUUCGUGCUGGGCGGGCCCGGUGCCGGCAAGGGCACCCAGUGUGCUCGCAUUGUGCAGAAAUAUGGCUAUACACACCUUUCUGCAGGAGAUCUUCUUCGUAAUGAGAGGAACAAGCCAGAUUCUCAGUAUGGUGAGCUCAUCGAAAAGUACAUAAGAGAAGGAGAGAUUGUGCCAGUUGAGAUAACCAUCAGCUUGCUAAAAAGGGAAAUGGAUCAAACGAUGGAGGCCAAUGCCCAGAAGAAUAAAUUCUUGAUCGAUGGGUUUCCUCGAAAUCAGGACAACCUUCAGGGCUGGAACAAGACCAUGGACGGGAAAGCAGAUGUCUCUUUCAUUCUGUUUUUUGACUGUGAUAAUGAGACCUGCAUUGAGCGCUGUCUUGAGAGGGGCAAGAGCAGUGGGAGGAGUGACGACAAUCGGGAAAGCCUAGGAAAGAGAAUUCAGACCUAUCUGCAGUGCACUAAGCCCAUUAUUGACCUCUAUGAGGAGAUGGGGAAAGUCAGGAAGGUGGACGCCUCUAAAUCCGUGGAUGAGGUGUUUGCGGAAGUCCUGAAGAUCUUCGACAAAGAAGGCUAAUGUCCCUCUACAAAUCAUGCCCGACCCUCGCUUGGAUAGCUGCUACUCCCGUCGACCACCCUUUGUUUAAAAAAAUUUUAAUCUUUUUGUCAUUAUGUCUCGAUGGAUGACUGGAAAAUAAAUAGGAAUUAAGUGAAUUGUUUUUUUACAGUGGCCAUUUUACAUGACUAGUAGACAGACCCUUCGGGACGUUGCUUAGUCGUAGUCCAGGCCUGACCCCGCAGAGAAGGCCCUCAGCAGCUCCUUGAUAAGACCGUCCCUGCCCUCCUCUCCUGCUGUGCCUUCCUUCGGGAGCGAAGCCUGUCCAGCCACGCCGCGCCAUGCGUGUCUCGAUCCUCUUGGUAGUGGCAGGACGUUAGUAGAGGCGGUCACCAACGGCUUUUCUGAGCAGCCAGUUAAAAAGCAGGUGCCACCUGCUGGGUGGAUCUGUGGACCAAAUGUCAGGAAUUUUUUCAUGAAGUCACUGUUUGCUCAUUUUUUUUGGUGGGGGGAAAUCAAAUGGGUAAAUAAAGACCCAGAGUUGUUUCCA